AUGUACGAAGGGAUUGACAACUUGAAAUCUCUUUACGACCGUGCCGGGAAGACUUUCUCCGGCGGUCCUUCUGCGGCACAGGAUGUGCCGCGUCGUACUGCUCAACCAGACCCAGUACGUCGAUCAUCAGUUAAGAGCGGGGCUCCCAAGUAUCCCAGGACGGGGGAUAGCCGCGCCACCGGACGAGGUAACUCGUCCGACGUCCGUUCACGUCGCGGUGGUUCAACAGCUGCUCAACUAGAUAGCGCUGGCCACCGCGAGAACCUCUAA